CGUUGGUUGCCAUUGCCAUGUGGUCGCCCCUCGCACAGCCUGCAUUCAUAUCCGCGUGUUUCACGUUUGCAAUUUGUUAGUUGUUUACUUCAAAAUCAUAUUAGACGCACACCUGUAACUGUAACUUGUGGUCCAAUAUUUGUCUGGGAUGGAAAACAAAACAUCAAAAGGGAAGUCCAGACGUAAUAGUGGUGUGGAAUCAACUUUCGACACAAAGGAAUUCUUACAAACUGAAAGUGAUUUUAUCACAACAGCUUUCGAGUCUCUUCAAGUAGACGAAGAAGAGACCACGAGUGAUAUUGAUGAAAGUGAAGUCGUGCCUGCCAAAAAGUUUAAGUCUGCGGAGAAAAACGAAACACAAGACGAAAGCAGCAAAAAAUCCAAGGAUGAUAUAAGGCGAAAAACUCUGCUAGAAAAAAGAAAACAGAAGAAAGAUGCAGCAAAAUCAUGCAAGACCAAAAACAAAUCUUUCAAAACAAAAAGAAAAGACGUCAAAUUGCAGAAAAAGAAAUUGAAGCGAUCAACAGAGUUGAAUGGCAAAUUGAGUGCGGAUGAGAACGAGACUUUGGUCAAACCCAAAGUAAAACCGGUUGAAAAGCCAGUUUUCAAUGCUGCUGGUAAAAUGGUGUUCAGCAAAUUUGACUUCAGCAGCACGGGGGCUGAAAAAGAGAAGCCCAAAAAGGCUGAGAAGGAUCCUAGAAAGCUUUUGGAAAAGAUAAAUAAGCAGAAAAAGAAGAUUCAAGAGCUGGAAAAUAGCAAUGAAAAAGAGCAAGUUGAGCAGAUGAAAGAGAAGCAAGUGUGGCAAACAGCUCUGAAGCGGAUGAAGGGUGAAAAGGUCAAGGAUGAUCCUGAAUUGUUAAAGAAGACAAUUAAGAAGGACAAACAGCUGAAAAAUAGAAGUGCCAAAAAGUGGAAAGAGCGCCAAGAAAAUGUUUCCAAUCUGCAGAAGGCGAAACAAGAGAAGAGAAACGAAAACAUCGCCAAAAAGAAGGAACAGAAGAAAUCCAACAUCAAGAAGAAAAACAUUAAAAGGGGAAGGGCGGUUCCAGGGUUUUAACUUUAUUUUUAGCUGAAUAAAAAAUGGAAAUGCAGCAAAAAA